AUAGUUUACAUUUUCAUGGCCAGUUGUGCAAUAAUGGUUGGACUGUUAUUUGUCCUGGGAUGUUUGUCAAAACAAGGAUGCUGGUUAAGGAGAGCUGCAUCCAGUAUGAUAACUGAGGAAGACAGAAUACCAUCCAACGAGAAUGACUUAAAUCCAGUUCCUAUUUACUCAAGCGCUCAAGAGGCUGAAACUGUUUUGUAUGAAGACAGUCGGGAUGGUCUUUAUAUGGAAUACCCCGAGGGUGUGUACGACACCACAUUUGUAAAGCGACCACAUGCAAAACCGAGUAAUCAAAACAUUUACGCCAUUUGUAAAGAGGAGAUCCAAUUGAAAGCAGAAGAAAGACCACCGGAAGAGAUUUUGGAAUUAUGAUUUAGUGUUUCAGUUGUUUUUAUAACUUGAUCAAUGUGAUU